CUGUGCUCCAUAGUCCGAAUUCAACUCUCCGCUCCGCUCCGCACUAAUCUUCCCUCCAUCUCAACUUUCACCUCCACAACACAUGGAUCUUCUAUCAAUCCUCCCCUCCUUCCCAACAAAACCCUACACGCACAUACUACCCCCUCUCGAACGAAACAACAUCAAUACAGUCGACCUCAUCACCCUCGACACCCUCGAGAUCGCAAAACGCGCCCAUGUACCCCCGGCCGAUGUCCGCCGCCUGUCCGCGCAAAUCAUCGACGCCUUACACCGCGAUGUGGGGUUUGAAAGGGACAUAGCACCGGAAGAGUUGGGGAACACACAGUCUUCGAGCUUGGAUACGGAGGCGGCGAUGGUUCCGGGAGUGUUGAAUAGGUUAGAUUUGUCGCAAUGGGGUGCGGUUAGUACGUUGGAUCCUGCGAUGGAUGAGUUGUUGGAGGGUGGAAUUCCGACGGGUUAUGUCACGGAGAUUACAGGUGAAAGCGGGAGCGGCAAGACGCAGUUUCUCCUAAGCCUCCUUCUUGCCGUCCAACUCCCCAGUCCCAGAGGCCUGAACAAAAGAGCUAUCUAUAUAUCUACCGAAGCGCCCCUAGCUACGCCGCGUCUCUCGCAAUAUCUCGAUUCCAAUCUAUACCUCUCGACGCUUCCUCCGAACCAGAGACCAUCCCUACAGAAUGUCCUGGCCAUCAACGCGAUGGACCUGGAGAGUCAGGACCAUAUCCUCAAUUACCAGCUCCCUGUCGCGAUAGCAAGAUAUAAUGUUGGAUUGGUUGUUAUCGAUUCCAUAACUGCGAAUUUCCGCGCAGAGCACUCAUCGCAUGAUAUCAAUUCGCUAUCGACGCGGUCCGGAGAGUUAGCAAAACUGGGACAUUUACUGCGCAAUAUGGCGGCAAAGGAGGACAUCGCUAUAGUGGUUGCGAAUCAAGUGUCAGACCGAUUCGAUCCAAUGGAUAAUAAUAUUCCAUAUAUCGCAUCGCGAAUACCUGCUGCCACCGCACCUCAACCAACCCCAGAUUCACCCAUGCCCAGAAGCCGCCUAGCAUCAGGGCCAGGAGCAGAAAGCAACAACGACCUCCUACAAAUACAAAACCAACACCCACCCUCUUCUUCACCUGCCUUCCCUUCAUCUCCCUAUCCCCUUGAAGAAGAUCCGCAAUUCGACGGCUCGUAUCUAGUCGGAAACCCCGUUCGCAACGAAACAUUGAGCCUAUUACACCAGCAACGCUUUUUCACGGGAUGGGGUGAUUCACCGUACAUAUCGUCGUUGCAGAGACAAACACCCAAAACACCAGCGUUAGGGUUCGUUUGGACGACGCAAAUUGCGUGCCGAAUUGCGUUGAAGAAAGACGACUCGGGGUUGGCGUUGGACCAAGGUGAUUACGACGAUGGGUACAUGAGCACGCAGGGCCAUGGACCGGGGGCAUUUCAGUCUCAGAAUGAAAUACCGCCAUCUAUUACCAAACCUGACCCAUUCUCGACAGCGAAGACAGUGCGAGAUAACCCAGAAGCCAACAUGACCGCCAAUCCAGAGCAGAAACAGCCCUUUGAACAAACUCCAACACCAAAGUCCCCUCCGUCAAUACCAUUGGCACCGACACCGAAACCCAUGGGAACACUCGCCAAACGAACAAUGAAACUCGUCUUCGCGCCCUGGACGGCAGGAUCUACCGUCGACGAGGGCACUACGGGCACUGUUCAAGAUGAAGUCGAGUUUGAGAUUUGGAAGGGUGGAUUGAGGAGUGUUGGUUCUGAGCCGGAAUCAUAGAUCAGUUAUGGUUAGGACAGGAUGUGAUAUGAAUGCACAUGACAUAGCUUAGCGUGCUUUCGAAGUUACACUGGAAUUCUUACAAGCAUAAAGACUAUUAUCCUGC